GUUCUCCACAGCAACAACACUAGAGAGAGAGAGAAAGCAAAAGCAUUCCAAUUGAUGAAACUCUACCCAUGAUUCCAUGGAGGAACUUCUCCCUUUAUUCCAUUGUUGUUUGUAGCAGCUUUCUGCAUUCUCGAGGAGCCAAAAUCUCACUUCCAUGGCACUACUAUUAUUAAGCCCUGCAGCAUCAUUUACACCAUUUCAUGCAAAUGUGCGACAUUAUCAGUUAGUAUCAUUGCUCAUUAGCUUACUUUCCUCUCCUCUCAUUCCAUCAUUUGCAUCGCUGGCAAAUACGCUCCCCUGCCUUCUGUAUUGUAUUAAAUAGCAAGCAGUGGCAGCAGUACUCUUCUGUUAUGUAUUAAGGCGAUGGGGAAGACUGGAGGAAGCUCUUCUUGGUUCACUGCUGUCAGAAAGGCUUUCGGUUCUCCCACCAAGAAGAUCACCAAUUCCUGCACUGCUACAACUACUGCUACUACCGCUGAAUCUCAUGAUGCUAACAAGAAAACAAGCAAAAGGAGGGAAGACCAUGAACAAGAAGAUGAAGAAAAGAAGAGAGGGAAAAGGAGGUGGAUGAAUUUCAGCAGCAGCAGCAGGAAGAGCAACUCUAGUAGUUCCACCACCAGCCAGCAGGAGACUGCUGCUACUACUGUCAUUCUCCACCACUGUGGCGGCGGCAGCAGGAUGGUGGUGUCGAAUUCCCCCACGGAGCAAGCUGCUAGUAAGCAAAGGCACGCCCUCGCGGUGGCGAUGGCCACCACUGCAGCCGCUCAGGCUGCAGUUGCCACCGCUCAGGCGGCGGUGGAAGUCGUCAGGCUCGCCAAUCCUUCCCUCUUUGUCAAGCAGCAUUUCGCAGCGGUCUCGAUUCAGACAGCCUUCAGAGGCUACUUGGGGAGGAAGGCACUGAGGGCGCUGAAGGGAGUGGUGAAGCUGCAAGCAUUGGUGAGAGGGCAAAAUGUCAGGAGACGAGCGAAACUCACCCUUCACUGCAUUCAAUCUCUGCUCAGAGUUCAGGCUCAGGUGCUUCACAAUCGCAACCACCACGGCCGUUCUCUUUCUCCAGCCACCGCCGACGGUGGCCGUCUUCCUGUUAAGCACAGCCUGGAGCAAUGCUUCAGAGAUGGUGACAACUACUGGGACAAUGACAAUGCUGCUGCUGUUGAUGAUGAUGAUGGAACAAAGGCGGAAAUGGAAGAGGAAAUCCGUUCCAUUUUACAACAAACCCACCAGCUGUGGAGCGGCGGCGGUGAGAGGAGAAGGGAGAGGGAAUUAGUGAGAUAUGCGAGUGAAGGAGAGGUGGAAGAAGAAGAAGGCAGUACUGGCUGGACAAGAAGCGGCCAGAGGACAUCGGAGAACAGAUGGCAGCGGCGAGCUUCCAUCGACUCCACUGCCACCACAAUCAAAACCGUGGAAAUGGACGCCCGUUCUCUCCACCCUCCUUUUCCUCAAAAACAGAGUCCUCGCCGGCGGCACAGCAACUCCCCUGCCUCUCCCCUGCAUCACCACCAUUCCAUAUCGUCACCAAAAUUACCACCCCUGGCUCAGGCAGCGGCGGGGUUUCACUCUCGUUCAGGCAGCCCCCGGUACAUGGCGGCGACGGAGUCGGCCAAGGCUCGGUCGAGAUCGCAGAGUGCCCCGAAACAGAGGAACAACUCUGUUUCAUCUCCUUCUCCGACUCUUACCUCUGACCACAGCAGGGAGCAGCAGCAGCCAAUCAGGCAGCCGCAUAGUAGCAGCGGCGCUACUUCAACGACGGCGAAGAAACGAUUGUCUUUCCCGGAUCCACCUCGCGCCGCCGGAGAUUACGAUUACGAUGCAGAAUACAGGUUGAGGUAUCCCAGCUAUAUGGAGCAGAGAUCCAAAAUGUCAUCCUCGUCUUACACUGACAGCGUUCUAACUGCGACUGACGAGAUUAUCUCCUCCUGUGCUGAUCCUGCUUCUAACUACGAGCAUAUAGUUAUUAAAAUGAUCUGCCGGAGUCUCUUCUACUUCUUCUUCUUCCCACAAUCACUACUUCUAAUUUCAGUCAUCACCAGUUCAGCUGCUGCAGUCUCUCCAGCAGCGACUUACCUCCUUCAGUUCAGAGACAGUCUCCCUUCCCAGUCUCAGCAUCUCCUGCAAUGGAACAACCUUUCUUCAUCUCCUUGUCAAUGGCGUGGAGUUUCCUGCUAUCCAGACACUCCAACCCCGCAAAUCAUGUCCUUGAACUUCACAAAUCUCGGCCUUUCGGCCGUUCUAAACGACUCUGUUUCCUAUCUCUGCCUCCACGAAGCCCUCGUCUCUCUCGACCUUGGUCGCAACAAUUUCACCGGAAUCCUUCCACCUCAGCUCGGGAACUGCUCGCAGCUCGAUACCAUCGUUCUCGGGAUUAACCAGUUAGUGGGUCCCAUCCCCCCGGAGCUUUUCCAGUCCAAGAAGCUGACGGUGCUGGACCUCAGCUACAAUGGUUUCUCCGGCGAAAUCCCUAAACAGGUAGCCUCCUGCACUAGCCUUCAAUACCUUGGAUUAGAGAACAAUACUUUAGAUGGGGAGAUUCCGAUGGAGCUGUUCACUCUUCCCAAUCUGGAAACUCUGUACCUUAUCUCCAAUCGGUUUACGGGGUCGCUCCCUGAUUUCCCACCUUCAUGUGCUCUUUCCAAUUUCUGGGUCUCUGAGAAUCGGCUCUCUGGAUCUCUCCCUGUUUCCCUGAGAAAUUGCCGGAAUCUUACUCUGUUUGUAGCUUCGGGUAGUGGUCUAGUUGGUGAGAUGGACGCUGAGAUCUUCACGGGUCUUGUGCAGCUUAAAAGGCUUGCUCUGGAUAGAAACAAACUGGAGGGAGAAAUCCCAGAGAGCUUGUGGGCUAUGGGGAAUUUGGAUUGGAUUGAUUUGUCGACUAACCAGCUGAGCGGCACUCUCUCUGAGAAGAUAGCUCGUUGUCAGCAGCUAACCAGUCUUGCUCUUUCUGGGAAUCAGUUAGUUGGCCCGAUUCCUCCUUCCAUUGGUGAUCUCAAGAACUUGAAGUACUUGUAUCUCUACAGCAACAAGCUCAAUGGCACCUUGCCUCCACAGCUUGGCAAUUGUAGCGCACUUAUUGAUGUCAGACUGGACGAUAACUUGAUUGAAGGGAGCAUCCCACCUGAAAUUUCGUUUCUUGAAGGCCUUGAGGUUCUUUAUUUGUUCCAGAAUCGAAUUACUGGCGAAAUCCCGAGGCGGAUUGGUGGGUUAAAGAGGUUAAAAGAGUUGGCUCUCUAUGAAAACAAGUUGAAUGGUGGAAUCCCGUCUGAGAUUGCCGAGCUGACACAGCUCCAGUUUCUUUCUCUGUCUCAUAACAACUUGACUGGAGUGAUACCAUCUGAGCUUGGGAAGUACUCUCCACUAGUGAAACUUGAUCUGAUUGGAAACUCCCUUUCUGGUCCAGUUCCAUCGAGUUUAUGCGCAGGAAACAAGCUUUCGGUUCUUGUGCUUGGCCACAACCAGCUUAAUGGCAGCUUCCCACUUAGUAUUGGUGCAUGUUCAUCUCUUUAUAGGUUGAUUUUGAGCCAUAAUCAGCUGCAAGGGGCAAUACCGCCAAACAUUGGAAAGAACACCAGAUUAAGUUACCUGGAGAUUAGUUCAAAUUUGCUUGAAGGUAGCAUACCACCAGUUCUUGGAUACUGGAGCAAUCUCUCGACGGUUGACUUUUCUGGAAACAGACUUUCUGGCUCUAUCCCUCCUGAGCUAGGUAAACUAGCAAAGCUCCAUAAGUUACAUCUUUCUUCUAAUAUGCUGACAGGAAGUAUUCCUCCCGAGCUCAGCAACUGUAAAAAGUUAAUUGAACUAGAUCUUAGCGGGAAUUCCAUCUCAGGAAAUAUUCCUAAUGAGAUAUUGGCACUGGAGAGAUUGGCAGUUGUGCUCCUUCAGGGGAACAACCUCACUGGAGCAAUUCCUGACUCUUUCUCUCCACUCCAAGAUCUUCGAUCGCUGCAGCUGGCCAACAACAUGCUUGAAACCCCUCUUCCUUGCAGCCUGAGUAGAAUUCGCCAGUUUAGUUCAGUUCUCAAUGUCAGCCAUAACAAUUUCUCUGGUCAAAUCCCAACAUGCCUAGGGAAUCUGGACCACUUGGAAGCUCUCGAUCUCUCGAGCAACAAUUUCUCCGGUGAAAUACCUAGUCAACUGAAGAAUAUGGCAGCCCUCAACUUCUUCAACAUAUCAUUCAACGAGCAACUCUACGGCAGAAUCCCAGCCUCUUGGGAAAAAAUAGCAGCAAAACAUCCAGGAUCUUCCCUUGGAAAUCCUGGGAUUUGUAUCACAAGCAAUGACACAAGGUGUGGCAGGAGAGCAAGGCAUGGACGUAUGAGCGGUGGUGAAGUAGCUGCCGUGGUUAUCACAGUGAUCGGUACUAUGGCAAUAGUUUGUGCCAUGGUUUACGUAUUCAUCAUGCGAGUGAUUCACCAGAAACUUGAGUGUGACCAAUCACUUCUCCACGAAUCCACAAUGAGAUCCGAAAGCUUACCAGAUGAUCUGAGGUUUGAAGACAUAAUCCGUGCUGCUGAAAGCUGCAACGAGAUAGGAAGAGGGAGACAUGGGACGGUUUACUGGACAGAAUCUGUGCACUCCAGAAAGAAUUGGGCUGUCAAGAAGGUGAAUAAUCUUUCUGAAUCGGACUUCAUCCAUGAGAUUAGAAUCCUGAACAUGGUGAAGCAUAGAAAUGCAGUGAAAAUAGGGGGAUACUGCAUUGCAAAGGGAGAUUGUUUCAUUGUCACUGAAUACAUGCCUGGAGGGACGCUGUCUGAUGUACUGCACAGAGAGCAAUCCUGGUUGGUUCUGGAUUGGGAGGAUAGAUUACGCAUUGCACUCGGUAUCGCUCAGUGCCUUUCUUACCUUCACCAUGACUGUGUGCCUCAAAUCAUUCAUAGGGACGUGAAAUCCGACAAUGUGUUGCUGGAUUCGGACUUGGAGCCCAAAGUUGCAGACUUUGGAAUGGCAAAGUUAGGUGUUAAUAAUUAUCCUGAUGCUGAACAGUCUAGCUCAACAGUAUCCAAAAUUGUUGGCACACUUGGGUACAUGGCUCCAGAAAAUGCAUACUCAACGAUGUUGACAGAUAAAGUCGAUGUGUACAGCUAUGGAGUGAUUUUGCUAGAGCUGGUCUGCAGAAAAAUGCCUGUUGAUCCAAGCUUCGAAGAAGGCCAGGACAUUGCUUGUUGGGCGAGGAAGAAUGUAGAAGGGAAGCAUGAUGGUGAUGACGAGGGUAGCAACUUCAUAAAGUUCGUUGAUAAUGAAAUCACCUCUUGGGAUCCAGAUAAGCAAGAGAAGGCUAAGAAGCUACUGGAACUGGGACUUGAGUGCACUCAGCCAGUGCCUGAAAUGAGACCCUCCAUGAGGGAUGUUGUGGCUUCUCUUCUCAAGCUGGGAGACGCCAAUUCAUCAGUAAGGUUUAAAUGACUCCCCAGUUUAACUGGACGCUAAAAACAGCAAAUGUAAUUGUCAUGAUUUGGGACUACUUGUAGUAUGCGAAAGUAAGCAACACUGUAGUAUAUAGUAGGACCACUAGAUUAGGAUUACUUGUAGCAUACGAAAGUAAGCAACACUGAUGCAUAAUUGGACCACUAGAUUAGGGUUCCAAAAAGGAAGCAUGAUCACAGUACACAGCAGAAAAUUGCAGAAAGAUGGAAAUCUACAUUAUUUAGCUCCUCGGUUGGAUUGUUAUCACGGUACCACUGGAC